AAAAAAAAAAAAAAGUCUAUAAUAUUAUUUAUCAAUUAAUGGAAACAUCUUGAAUGCUUCAAUUUGAGCUUUGGACAGACUGCAUUUUUUUCUCCAAAGUUCUGCCGUGCAUGAUAAUAUUAGGAAUUAGAUCAUAAGUACUCACAUGAGACACUCAAAAGUGGCACAUUUUUCAAUUUUUCCAUUCAGUUUUGCAAUGAAAAGCUAUGAAUAGCUUUGUAUAGUUGCAGACAUGUACUGAAUGAAAAUCACAGUCAAAGAGUUUUAAUGUAGCAAAGCAAGUUUUGCUAGAAACACAAGAUUGUAAAGCCUGUGCUCUUACAGAAAAAAAAAAUAAUUUCUUAUUGUCUGAUGAUUAGAUAUGUUAGCUUACUAUGUAAGCUCAAAUGUCAGUAAUGUACACAAACUAAAAAGCUAUGAUUUAAAAUCAAUCUACAUAGAGUUUGAAAGGUCAAUAUCUUUUUGUUUUUGUUAUCAAGGGCUUCAUUAUUGUUACUGAUGAAGGUAUCAAGUAAGCAACGUUUGAAGAUAUCUUUAAACCAUUCAGCUGUUUACAGUGUUAAGUGGGUCAGUGUGGGGUGCUGUUUGUAAAAACCCUGUGAUCUGAUAUUUAUGGUGGGAGGGAACUAUUAAUAGCUGCAGUAUAUGUGUGCACUCAGGACCCCACUUGCUACUAGUGUGAAAACUGCCAGGGGAGAACAGCCAUUUUGCUUGAGUUAUUGGGUUUGGUACAACAAAUUGCAAAGGAAUAUUGGUUAUAAAUAUCCUGGAUGUACUUGGUGCAGAUGAGCUCUGAAACAGAAGACGACUUUUAUCAGUCAGAAGAUGACCUGGAUGAGGAUGAGGCGACGCAAUACAUAAUUGAACAGAGUCUGAGUCAGUAUAGAAAACUCAAAGGAUUGAAUCCGAGUGAUCUAAAGCCCAGUGCAGACCCUGAUGAGAUUUUCAAAGCCAUCAAAGAGGGGGAUGAGAUUGCACUGGAUAGACUAGCAGAGCAACCUGAGACUCUGUCUAGAGUUGAUGAGAGGGGAUGGAUCCCACUGCAUGAGGCUGCAGUGCAGGAUAACAGAAGAAUACUUGAGGUUAUAUUUUCAGCAUCGCCCCCAGGAGCAGCUCAGUGUCGCACUCUGAAGGGUGAGACACCGUUGUUUCUUGCUGUGGUUCAUGGGCUGAGACAGAACGCCACAUUCCUGUUACAGAAUGGUUGCAGCCCAGAUGUUCAAAAUGAUGAGCAGGACUCUCCAUUGGUGGCAGCUAUUCUAAAUGACCAGUAUGACUUAGCCACCCUUUUGCUUCGGUACAAUGCCAAUGUAGAUCAAACAGGACCACUAAACAGGACCGCUCUACAUGAGUCUGCAUUUUUGGGUUUGGAGAACUUUGUGUACUUGCUGGUGGAGUCGGGUGCCAAUCCAAAUGCACUUGAUGUUAAAAUGAAAACUCCACUUGCAUUGGCUGCACAGAACGGACAUCUGAAUGUGGUGGAGACUCUGUUGGAAAAAGGAGCCCAUGUAAGGUCAGAGUCGGAGUCUGGUACUGUGUUAUUUGAUGCAGCUGCUUCAGGAAACCCUGAUAUCAUCUCCUUGCUCCUGGACCAUGGGGCAGAUCCCAACCUUCCUCUUUACAGUGGGCACCUGCCAAUUCAUCGUGUGGCAUACCAUGGACACAGACUGGCACUGGAAAUCCUCAUCCCAGUCACCAACCUACAGGCUAUCAAAGAAAGUGGAAUGAGUCCACUUCAUUCUGCUGCUGCUGGAGGACAUGUCCAGUGUUUAGAAAUUCUGCUCAAAUCUGGCUUUGACACAAACUUUAUGUUGCACCCAAGGGUGCGCCGCAGCUAUGACGAUGAGCGCAGGUCUGCCCUCUUUUUUGCAGUGUCCAACAACGACCUUCAUUGUGCCCGCUUACUGCUAGAGGCCGGAGCAAUGGUGAACCAGGAUCCUGUGAAGUGCCUGCAGGUGGCCCUCAGACAGGGAAACUAUGAACUUAUCAACACCUUGCUAAAAUACGGAGCAAAUGUCAACUACUACUCCCGGGUCAACACCACUCACUUCCCGUCAGCUCUGCAAUAUGCCUUGAAGGAUGAAGUCAUGCUGAGGAUGAUCCUGAACCAUGGUUAUGAUGUCAUGCGCUGCUUUGACUGUCCAUAUGGUGACAGUUCUCAUGACUACGCUCCUUGGACAACCUCAGUCAUCAAAGACAUGGUGUUCUGCGAGGUUAUAACAGUGUCAUGGUUGAAGCCCUUAUCUGGUCAGGUUGUCCGCAUCAUGCUGGACUACACUGACCAUGUCUCAUUCUGCCCUAAACUGAAAGAGACAUUGCAGCAGCAGAAGCAGUGGCCAGAAAUAUGUCAUAUUCAAAGAAACACAAGGAGCCUGAAGCACCUGUGUCGGUUGAGGAUAAGGGAGCACCUCAGCCGUCUGCGCUUGAGAGCCUCAGUUUUUGUCAGCUUCCUUCCUCUUCCUCCUAGACUGAAAGACUAUCUACGUUUUAAGGAGUUUGAUGUUUACAGUAGGGGGAGCAUGGUUAACCUCUGAAGAAGACAAAGUCUAAAAUGUUACUGAUAUCAGGAUGUCUCAUACGUUCCUGUUACAUUUCUGCUAUUUUACCAUAAUUAGAUCUUAUAACUAAUAUCAUAUAGAGUGAUUCAUUCCUUUUCAUCAGCGUUGUUUUGGGGUUUCCUAAGGACAAAAAAGAUCAAUGUAUGUAUUCAAUGCAGGCACAAUAACAUGUGCCUGCAUUGAAUACAUCUGCUUUUAGCACUACUCUGUGGUGGAAGGAAGAACUGCAUUGGUGGAAUAAAUUUAAAGGUUUUGUGCACUUCCUACGCUGGCAUUUACAUGUAGGCUUUAAGGGUAAUUCACAUAUUCCCUCCAAUUUUUAUGGGCAAAAAAAAUAAAAC